GUCGACUACUUUGAGGAGUCGUGCUCGUCACGCGAGACUGACCAGUCAAAGAAAGUUCCGUGAGGAAUCUCUGAAAUCUGCUUCUUUUAUUUCCAUGAUUCACAUUAACCACAGGUUGUCAGGAAAAGUCCUUUUGCUUGACAGAUCGAGAAAGAGCGAGCAACAACUCUUUCUCCUGAGCAGGAUACCUCGUUUUUCGCUGCAAUCGCAUAAAAUAACGUCUCCGAUUCUCUGAUACGAGCUGCUCCUGCUUUUAUUUCGAUUCCGGAAACGAGUGCGGAGCACUGUCUAAACGAAGCCAGGACUUGCAGUUACAAACUAUUCGCGGGAAGCUUUUUUCGAGCAAUGUCGGACUUUGAGAGUGGAAGACUACAAGGAGACAGUAGCGACGCUACCGGUACUUCCUCUUCGUCCAGCGCCAGCGCAACGCCAAUGAAGGGCCGUAGAAACCAGCAUGAUAAAGUCGCGUCGAAGGUGCGAGGACUCGGGAUCGCCACUACGCUACUGAGCUCUAUAGUGGCAGCCGACACACGGUUUUUGCUAGCGUCGUCACCGCUGCAUAGUCGUGUUUCCUAUGUCGCGCUGGAUCCUCUCAGGGGGACGACUUCUUUGAUCAAGCCGCUGAUCACACCUGGCGGCGUCGUGGAUUCACCGCAAGGGAUAUGCAUUGACGGCCCAAGGAAUCGCCUCUACGUUUGCGACCCCGGAUCAAAAUCGAAAAAAGUGUUCUGGUAUUAUUCGAACUUUAGGUGGUUUUACUAUUCUCAAGGACACUUUCAACAUUAAUGUUCAUGAUUUUGAACGCGUAGAAGUUAAAUACAGCUCGCGUAGAGAUUCCUACCUCGGAAAUGUUUUUGUUGUCGUAGGUUCGUGUUUCAUGUAGCCAUGAUAGGUUCGAGUUGCAAGUUAGGGGACCAGCAGAGUUGAAGGUCGUUGGACAAGGGAAAGCGGCUGCGCUUCAGGUCGAGCCACAGUGGUGUACCGUGGACCAUGUCGGAAAUCUAUUUUUUACCGAUGCUGUGGGGUCCAUCAAGAAAGUCCCAGCAGAAGCGCUGAUGGGGGAGGGCGUGUCAAGUCCUUCAGUGGUAUUCUAGUUUUUUGUGUCUUCUGCGAACUUGAGCUUGUUUUUCUUUGCAUACUUAAUACUAUCAAUCUACUAUGAUUUGUGCCAACACGACAGCUAGAAGAGCAAGACGUUGUAACUACUUACAUCUUGGUUUUCCAUUUGUUAUUCUUGUCACGAGGUUGAGGAGCUUUAUAACCCGAACAGUGCACCGCAACUAUCGACACCUGCUGGUCUCACAACUGACAACAUGUUCUUGUUCUGGGGAAACUCUGAACUGGGAACGGUAAAGGGAUCGCUUGGACGAGCUCCGCAAAACAAUUUUUAUACGGGGCAAACGGUGGUAAAAUAGUGCUUUCUUUUUUAUGGCAGUCUUCGAUGAAGCUUUCCUCACAAAGUCAAAUUUCUCAUGUUUAAUUACCGACUAAUCCAGUUUUCUUUUCAUCUCCAACAGAGAAUAGCGGCCAACGCGGAGAAGGUGUAUGGGGUUUGCACCGUCGGUUCCGAACUUUAUUUCACCGAGGAGAAAUUGAAGAUUCACGCCGUGAAGAAGACUGGAGGCACCAUCGUGCAGGUGGCCGACACUUUCGUCGAGCCACGUGGCUGUAUUUGGGACGGUGAAGGCUCCGUAUUUGUGGCUGAUAGGAAAGGCGGCGCGAUUUACGAAUUGCCUACGGCUCUGCCGAAUGCGUUGCCAAGCUCGACCGUAACGAAGGUCUUCAAUCUCGAGGACGCCUAUGGCGUUGCGGUGUUUGAACAGAAUAACAUACUCGUGAACGCCAUUUUUGGGUGAUGCACAUUAAUAAGACUCAACAUGUUGCUGCCUAUUGAACACGUACUCAUCAGCGG